AGGACUAAUAAUACCUUUUCACAAUCCCAUUUAGAAUUUUCUUUUUCAAUUAUGGAAAUUAAAAAGUUGUUUAUUACUGCAUUUAUGUUUAUUUUAUUCAGCGAUGUUGCAAAGUGCCGUCGUAUCGGUUCCGGAAACGCGACUAGAAAAUGAGUCAAGAACACACAAGAACUUAACGCUGGUCGUUGUUCAGAAUUCAGAGCUCUGCUCUUCGAUUUGGCGGUUUCGAUCCAGUCCAUCCAAAGGUAAAAGGUCUUCAAUGUUUGAUUUGCCUCGUUUUGCCUUGAUUUCUCUGUUAUUAUCUUAGCUAGAUGCUGGAUCCUUUAGAGAUUAUUAAAGGUUUCUUAGGGUUCAUCAUCUGCAAGUGGCUUAGAUUGUUUUUGCAUUUUUUGGAUUUCCCGAUUCGUAGUUUUCCGGCGAGAUCGCGAUCUUGUAUUUUGUUGUCGUUGUUAUUUCAGCCUGAGGAGGUCCUGUAGCUUUUAUAUUACCUGAAAAAUAGAGUGGUAUCAGAAACUUGAUCGCAUAGCGGAGUGGAUAUCGCGUUAGACUCCGGAUCUAAAGGUCGUGGGUUCGAAUCCCACUGCGAUCGGUUUAAAUUUGUUUCCUUCAAAAUUUUCAGUGUGAAAGGCACUUUUUUUUUUUCAACAUUUAGCAUGAGCCAGAACAGUUCGUUCUGUCCUAGUGGACAGGGUCUUAUACAGUUAUGCUUGCCAUCCUGGAAUGGAUGAACUAGAAAUUUUGUUUAUUUUAGCAUUUUUGUUAGUUAGAGGAGUUAAGAUCAUUCAUUUGCACAAGAAUUUAGUAUUAUUACCUCAUUCUAAUGUAACAUGAAAUGUUGCGUGUUUGUAAUUUCAUGCACCUCUGGUUAUUGUGUAAUUUGUUUUUGGUGGUCGAUAUGGUCAAAUCUAUUAGAUUUGGGAUUCCCCAUGUGACAUAACUUGUGUAACAUGUGUAUGAAGUUGACAAAACGGGGUUCAUUCAAAGUUCAAACCAAAUCUUGAUAAAAAGCAUGGGACAAUUUUCAAAGAAAAAGUUGACAAAAGGGAUAUAUCAAUAUACUGUUCAAUUAACAAUGGUCUAUCGUGUUUGGUAGUUGAAAUGGUCAAAUCUAGCAAUGUUUGUGAGGAAAUUUUUGUUGUUUAUUAUCUAGAGUUAAACUUGCAUUGAAACACUUUUAGUUGAUGAAGUGAGGAAUGAAACUCUCAAUGCUAUGUCCUUGGAAAGUAAAUGUCUCAAUUAAUA